UUUUCAGCUUCGACGUGUAAGGAAAUUUUCGACCGGAAUGUGUAAGUCAAGUAUUCACUAAGAACAAAACCGGCGCGGAAUUUAAUGAGAGAAUAUGAAAAUAACAGUAGUACUAAUAAUGAUCAUUCUGAAAAUGAUACUGCACAAAGCAUAGCAACCUUGAUGAUAAACUUGCACACUAGCUUACAUCUUGAAAACUUUCGCCUCGUUGAAAAGUACUUUGUGUCAUUUACUAAAUGUACGGAAGCCAUGGCCCUCAUCAAGUUUCAACUGAAUCUCUCUAUUUGGGAAGAUUCUUUAUUAAGUAGAUCGAAAAAGAGUGGCGAGGUUACCCUGCAGUUAGACUCAAAGCCAAUGUCUGUUUUCUCUCACAUGGGAGACUUUGGAUGCGGAAAUGAAGGACGGACGCCGAUCAUGAAGACUAAUCGCAAUAAGGUAGCAAUUUAUCUGCGAAGAAAUUCACUGUUGGUACAGGACAGUGGAGAUAAACGACAAAGGGGAUUAGCAAAAUCUGCGGCUGUUUCCCUGAAAAACGUCUACGGUCGUCAAGAGUCGCUGACCUUUCAGGUUUGAGUUGCUUCUGCAUCCGCUCCUCUAUGACAGUAUACGUAAUGGCGUCAUCCUUUAGCUGCGUUGGGGCCACUAAAUUCCUCGCAAGCUGGUAAUUUUCUGCUGAAAGAUUUGUUCAAAGUAUGGCCUCCUUCGUUUUAGCCUCCGUGAUUCCAUUUACGGAAAAUAAAAAACCCAACUGUUCGGUGUAUAACUCCCAGUCCGUUCCCACAACCUACUUUGUCACUUUUCCGAUGGCUUGACUCGUGUUGACGUUCGACGCUUCGUUCGGCAUUUCCUAUCGGGCCUUCGUCAACUUCAGACGUGAUUCGUGUUUACCGCUUGUGCUUGGCCAAAAAAAGAUCCCAUCCACGUUGUCAGAUUUGAUGUAUUAGUCCAAGGUCCAGAAAACAAGACAAUGUUAGUGAGACAAGAUCUACCAAAAACUUCAACCACAUGGUCAACUCCAAAUAUGGAAAACUGGUCGCGUGACAUUGGGUAUAAGGAACAAUCCAAACGGAAAGAUUUAACAAUUCUAGUAUCAAUGGACUUUUCUGGCUUGUAAACAAAUAUACCUCAAGAAGAAGGAACGGACAUAGUAUGUGAAGCAUACGAAAAGUUCCACAACCAUAAUGCACCGAUCCCAACGCACUACCUCAGGGAAAUGUUUGGCUUAAUACUUAGAGAAAAUUCGGUUUAAUUCAAUGAGGAGAACUUCCUCGAAACACAUGGCAUUGCUAUUGAUAGGAAAAUAGCAGUGUUAUAGGUACGAAAAUGGCAGUGUCAUUUGCUAAUAUUUUCAUGGCGUUAAUUGAAACAAAAUUAAUCCAAUAAAGCGAAACUAAGCAUAGAGAAUGGAAAUGUUUUAUAGAUGACGUUUUCUUUUCUCUUUCUCUCGCUGACCGAGACCUUUUUUAAUUUGCACACUUUGCCUCGUGCCACUGACCAGACGUAAAAUAUGGUAUCAAGAAAGGCGAAGCAAUAACAUGGCCUGGAACUAAUUCUUCGAAAGAAACAUUUGAGGAGGACCUUUGGAAAUUUAAACAACGCCUCAAAGCAAGAGGGUACCCAGAAAACAUCAUAGAAUAGUCUCUCUCAGGGGUCAGCUUUGCCUCUAGACAAUCGUUUCUUGCACAUACACAAAAGCUUAAAGGUCACCAACAUUUAUUGCGGAGGGAGACAGAGCGGCGGGAGAGGGCAAGCGGGAGAACAGGGGGCGGGAAGCGGGAGCAGAAAUAAAGAAAGCGAUAGUUUGUUGUUUAUUACUAGGUAUUAUUUAGUAAAAAACACUCAUAUAUUAAAGUUUUGAAAUUUCCAUUUAAAAUUCACCAAAGGCCAGAAAAUGAACAAGAAUGUUAAGUUUUGGCACAGUUUAAAAAUUAAACCUGGGUUUUUGAUCCUCUUGAUUAACCUGAAGACGGGAGCAACACAAAAGGGAACAAGGAGAUAAAAAGGGCAUUUGGCACAGUUUGAGAAAUUGUAGGGAAGCGGAGACUUCCCCCCCUCCUCCACUUAAUUGUCUUUUGUCACAACGUACCACCUGGCAGUUAAAAACUUAAAACAAAUACUGAUGGAGCAUCGGAGUCUAAUACGUAAUCAGCUCUUGCUGAAAACAAGUUUUCAAAACAUCCAAUCAUCUCUUACAAAAAGGGAACAUCCUUUAAGGACACACUUGUGAAAGUAAAAACCAAAUUUGAAGGCGAAAAGCCACAUGGGGAGUCCGUGCCGGUCUCUCUAUCCCUCAUAAGAUUUCAAGGAAGUAAGCAAUAUUUGAUUGAUUCAUCUUUGCUUAACAAGCGGGAGACUGGUUCAAGUUAAAAUCGAUGACAAGUCGAUUCUAGCACUAACGAUUGAGUUUUAUCACUAGUGAUUGAUAUUUUAGCUCGAACGAUUGAGUUUAUCACUAGCGAUUGAUAUUUUAGCGCGAACAAUUGAAUUUGUUACUAGCGAUGGAUAUUUUGGCACAAAUGGCUGCCCAUAGGCUGAUUCAAUUUUUUUAAAUUCCUCUUUUUCUUUAAGGUCGCGACAAAGCCAAGUAUACCCGCUGAUGUUUGGUUCAGAAACGAUUCCUGUUUUCUGUCACAUGGGAAACUUUGGAUGUGGGGAUGGAGGAUGGACGCUGGCCAUGAAGAUUGCCGGCACGCAGGUUAACUCCCUGUCUCCUUUGCGAAACUCUUGAUAUUAUUGAAAUGAACAUAGGUAAAUCAAAAAUGUAAUUCUUGUCUUUCAGAGAACUUUCCAUUACUAUUCCCAAUUCUGGAGCAACAGAAAUGGUUAUAACUUUGCUGGAGGCAAGACUGGCUUUGAUUCCCAAGAGACCAAGUUACCAACCUACUGGAACACAUCCUUCUCCAAGAUCUGCCUCGGUAUGAAGAUUGGUCCUCAGCUCAGGUUCAUCGUCAUCAACAGGCACGCCAACUCACUGUUCUCGCUGAUCGCUGAUGGGAAACACCGCGCCACCUCACUGGGUCGUAACACGUGGAAGUCGCUGAUUGGUUCACGGGCUUCCUUGCAGCCUAACUGCAAUAAGGAAGGAUUCAAUGCGGUUGGAGACAACCUUCGUCUAUCCAAAGCAAGAAUCGGCAUCACGGCUAACGAGCAGAAUCACUGUGGUUCCUGUGACUCCCGAAUUGGUUUUGGCACAGGAGGUCUACAUGAUGAUUCCAACACUUGUGGAAAUGAGGCAACAUACUCGCCAGAUAAUGGUGACAAACACAUCAAAGCCAUGGGUUACAUCCUGGUACAGUGA